UCCGUCCCUAUAGAUGUCCCUGUGGGAAGGCAAGGCGAAGGCAGAAAACAAGUCACUGGACCUGUGUUUCCUUUUUUUCCUGCCAGCCUCGGAUCUUCCCGUCUGUCACUUUGCUUGCAGGGGAAAAGGAGGGCGGAAAGGAAGGAAGGGAGGGAGGAAGAAAGAGAAGAAAGCGCAGGAAACUUCCAGGCAAGCAAGUGUGGACAAGACUUUGGGAAGGAGCGAGAGAGACAGGAUCGCUGCAGGAGCCGAGAUGAAAGUGGACCCGGGAAAGGAGCCCGUCGUCGCCUGCCUGGCCGAGUGAAGAGCCCUGAGCCACUUAUCUGCCGGACAGGCUGGCCAUACCCCAUCGAACCGGCUUCAGCGGGUGUGGGAAAGGCAUCGCUGGAAUGCGUGGGAGCGGAGGAAGAACAAGCACCUCCGGAUGAAAACCAGAUAGGCAGUGCUGCUUGCAUAACCUCAAGGACACAAAGAGGCGUCCCUAAGGUCAAUAAGCUGGAUUCCUCCUGAAAGAUUUGAUUCGAAGUGGGGGGUAGUCGUAACAGCCCAUGCUGGUUUUGCGUGGGCCUGUGUGUGCGGUUUGGUUUUUAAAGGAAAAGCGCCUCUGCAGAGCAAAACCUGUGCAUUUUAACAUAUUUUUAUCAUUUUAUGAAAAUACAUUUCCCUUUAUUUCAUAGGUAGGAGUGGGCUUUUUUUUUUAGAAAAGAAGACAAAUAAUUUUGUUUUAUAAUAUUUUUUCUAUACAAAGGACAAAACACUUUUUAUUUUUUAAAAUAGGUGAACUUGAAACAUCCUUAUCUAGUGUGUUUGCGCGCGCACACACACACACACACACACACAGGGAAGCAGUUAGAGAUUGGAAUUCCUGGAUUUAAAUAAUUGAAUUUAAACUCCAGCUAGAAGAGGACGGGGUCGAAUUAGCUGAUAAGUGACACAAGGAUCACCGUAGGACAGGACAUCUUAGGAGAAGAAACUUUUUUUUUUUUUCUUCAGCAGUGCCUAACAACAACUAAACACCCCUCAACCAGCAAAUUAAUUUUUUAACAAGGUGUCUUACGAUGCACUUAUGGUAGCUUGUAAAAUAGGAAAACAGACACUAAAAGGAAUCUCUGGGACAAACUGAGGCUCAGUUAAGCUGAAAUCAAAUUUUGCUUUUUAAAGUCCAGAAGGGGGGAAAUUGUAUCUAACGACCACUACAUAUUGUUGGUGCCUCGGGAGCCUUCUGGAACGAUCGGAGGGGAGAGCUCUUGCCUUCCCCCAGGAACGCUGGCAUCUGUUUUCCCCUGGAGAGGCAGAAUUGGAAACAAGCUCCAAACUCAAAGUUCAGCAGAAAGCGAACGGAAAAGGAUCUGGGCUCUCUCGCCAGCACAAAGAGUCGGCCCAGAGGCGGAUGAUCGGGGAGCCAUAAGACACCACAGGAGGGGGGCUGCCCUGAAUGGAGCCCGAAGCACCAAGGGGGGUCCAAGGGCAGAGGGAGGAAGAGCCGGCCAAGCUUGAAGUUCCCGUGAGCCCCCUGGCCCCAGCGGCAGCGGAGCCCGGAGUCCGGAAGGAGACGGCAGCGGGGGGUGUUCUUGCCGCGAAUGGGCAGCAGCCGGGGGUGCCGGAGGCGCCCGGCGACGAGGGCCCCCCCUGUGCAAAUGGCAGGGAGGACGCGCCCGAGGGAGAGGCGCCUGGAGAGCCCGCCGAGCCCCAAGAAGCAGCCUCCGGAGACAGCGAGCAGUCGCCUGGGGAGGCGGUCCUGGGGGGGGGCUCCUCCCUGCCGCCAAGCCCCCCUGCCUCCCCCCCGGCUGGCGUGCCGGAUCCAGGGGCCGAGGGGGCCCCCCGGGCACGGCCAGCCCCAGCCAGCCCUCCCACGCCGCCCGACUUCUACUGCGUGAAGUGGAUCCGCUGGAAGGGCGAGCGGACGCCCAUCAUCACCCAGAGCGAGAACGGGCCCUGCCCGCUCCUGGCCAUCAUGAACACCCUCUUCUUGCAGUGGAAGGUCAAGCUGCCUCCCCAGAAAGAAGUGAUCACGUCCGAUGAGCUGAUGGCCCACCUGGGCGACUGCAUCUUAUCCAUCAAGCCGCAGCAGCAGUCGGAGGCGUUGCAGCUCAACUUCCAGCAGAAUGUCAACGACGCCAUGACGGUUCUGCCCAAACUCUCCACGGGCCUGGAUGUGAACGUGCGGUUCACGGGGGUUUCCGACUUCGAGUACACACCCGAAUGCAUCGUGUUUGACCUCCUGAGUGUGCCCCUCUAUCACGGCUGGCUGGUGGAUCCGCAGACACCAGACGUGGCCCAGGCUGUCGGCAAGAUGAGUUACAACCAGCUGGUGGAGAAAAUUAUCACCUGCAAACACUCCACCGACCCGAAUUUGGUGACCGAAGGCCUGAUCGCGGAGCAGUUCCUGGAGUCCACGGCAUCCCAGCUCACCUACCACGGCCUGUGUGAGCUGACGUCCACGGUCAAGGAGGGGGAGCUGAGCGUCUUCUUCCGGAACAACCAUUUCAGCACCAUGAUCAAGCACCAAGGCCACCUGUACCUGCUGGUCACGGACCAGGGCUUCUUGCAAGAGGAGCAGGUCGCCUGGGAGAGCCUACACAACGUGGAUGGGGACAGCUGCUUCUGUGACGCCGAGUUCCACCUCAGCCACGUCCUGGGCAAGGAGGCGGCCGGCGGAGCCCCGCUGGAGCAGCAGCUCAGCCAGAGGCAGGUGGACCAGGACUACCUGAUCGCCUUGUCCCUCCAGCAGCAGCAGGGUGGGCCUGCGCUGAGCGACCUGGAGCUGGCGCAGCAGCUGCAGCAGGAGGAGUACCAGCAGCAGCAGCUCCCUGCCCCGCAGCCGGCCACGACCCCCCCGCCGCAGGGAAGAAGCCCGACGCCGUCCCGCCCGGCUGGAGAGCGCAGGCAGAGGGCCAAGCAGGAUUCGGACUGCGCCAUCCUGUGAGGCCGACCCCGUGGCCGCCCACCCGCCCCGGCCUGGCCUGGCCUCCCGCACACAGACCUGGAGGGGCUGCUCACUCAGGCGUCCUCCCCCGCCGCCGGGGGCCGAAACCAAAAUGUUGGAACAGACAAAAAUAAGCUAACCUUUGGGUAACAGCAAGCCUCGCCUCCUCCGGUGUCUUGGCUUCCGUCCUUCCCCCAACACCCUCCUCCGCACGGGAUGACCUCCAGCCUGGCGAGGUGGAGGAGAGAUUUGCCCUCUUGGGGCAUGGAUGGGGUGGGGGCAGAUCCCCCUCCGGGGCCAGGGAAUGAUGGGUCCAAAGGGGGCCGGGGCCAGGCUGUGGGCACCAGGGGAGCUGCCCUCGGGCCCCAGAAACGGGGCUCGACACCGGUGCUCCCCAGAAACACAGUGCAAAGUGCGCCCACGGGCACCGUGGAGGCGUCCCGGACGGGAGGCACCGCUGCCUGCCAUCCAGAGGGAGAUUUUGCAGCCGGGGUGAGCUGCCCAGCACCAGAUGCCGGAGCAACAGUCCGGAGGCCUUCCUGAGCCUCCCUUCCUCUCUUGGGGGCGGUACAGGGACAUCUCCAGAGCUGCCUGCAGCGGGCUGGGAACGCUCUCGGAAGGUCCCGAGGCCAGGCGGCAGGGCUCCCGCUUCACCGGUCCGAUCUCCGGGCGCUGCGGUGCGGAAGGACGGGGAAUGGGAAGGCCCCUGGAGUGAGGCCGGCCAGUUGUCCAGACAGACAGAUUGGGCGGAUAGGCAGGCAGGCAGGCAGGAAGGCAGGCGCCUGCAUUGGCCCAGGGGAUGCGAUCCAGAGACUCUUGGGUCUCUCUGGGCCCCGCAGAGGAAUAGACACUGUAGGUGCUGCCGGGAGAGGGAGGUGGACAAGGCAAAGAACGUUAAAAGUGAAAUCCAGGCCACAGGGAGUCCCUUUGCUGCGCUGUUCAAACGUGACGCGGGAUUUCCCUUGGCACAGUGAUCCUUUCCCAACCCCAAUCCGACCUGAAUCAACCACAUGCUGGGGAUCGCUUUGGGCUGCAGCCCAAGAGACAGCACAGAAAAUGAGUUCCCCCAGAAACGGUGCAGACGAGUAGCGGAGCGGUGGGAGGUUUUUGCUGUUGGCGGUGAUGAACGUCGAAAUAAAGCGAACAGAAAUGGGGCAAGGGGUGGGAGAACCCAUGUGGGCCCAGAGGAGGAGGAGCAGGACCACUGGGGUGCCUGAAGCGGACAAAUUUAUUUGGAACGUGGCCAGGAGCGGAGCGAGGGGUACAAGGUUUAGCAGAAGUGUAGAAGAUAAUACGUAAGCUUUAAACGUUUCAGAAACAAGUUCCUUGCAUUCAUACACUGCGGACUGCCAAGGCAAGUUGACAGCACUCCUGUUUAGGGCUGUCAACCGAUUAAUAAAACCUUAAAUUGAUUAAUCAUAUGUGAUUUGAGUUGGUUAAUCAAUGGCAUAUGCAAACGUUUACAUUUGAUUAAACAGUUCUUCACAAAGAGAAAAA